AUGCCGCGCGGAGGUAGCAAUCCACCACGCCGAGACGACGCGCAUAUCGACCGGACCCCUCGGAGACGCCGUCUUGGAAGCAACGACCCUCUUCCUCCUCAACACCUGCCGCCGGGACCCGGCCGGCGACGGUGCGGCAACCACGCCGAUCCAGCACCGAGACAUGUACGAAGCGACCGGCUGCAUGCUGCUGGCUCUGGCCGCGGAGGAGUCGCGCUACCUGAGCAACCUGACGCUCCUACUGGCCGACAUGAAGGGAAAAUGGAAGGUCGAUCUGAUCGAAACGGGCAGCUGGCACCGCACGGCCCGCACCAUGGGCAAAUCGGGCAUCGCAUCCGCCCAGGCGCUCUCCGACUUGGUCGCCGGCCGCGCCACUGCGCCAUACCACGGGAGAUACUUGACUGA